UCUACCGCCACCCCGCCCCCUCCAACGGCUCCAACGGCCCUGGAGACACCGCUGGCGCCAUGACGGCCGCCGCCUCCGCCUCCGCCGCUGCCGCCAUGUCCCUGAUCAGGCAGCACUACAACCACACGGGCCGCCUUCAGAACAGGUCCCUCCUGAGGAACCAGAGCCAGGUGAGCGUCACCGCCGUGGUGUCCCUGAUCGUCAGCCUGCUCAUCGUGCUGGAGAACCUUCUGGUCCUCGUCGCCGUGUUCUCGCGCAUCCGCCACAGCCGCCGCUGGGUCUACGUGUGCAUCGCCAACAUCACCUUCAGCGACCUUCUCACCGGCGUCGCCUACGUGGUCAACAUCAGCCUGUCGGGCAGGCGCACGUUCACGCUCAGCCCGCAGCUCUGGCUGUUCAGGGAGGGGAUGCUGUUCGUGGCCCUGGCCGCGUCCAUCUUCAGCCUGCUGCUCAUCGCCUUCGAGCGUUACACCACCAUGAUGGCGCCGCUGCACCAGAAGUCCGCCACCAAGACCUACCGCAUCUACAUGCUGGUGGUGCUCUGCUGGGUGCUGGCGCUCGCCAUCGGCUUCCUGCCGCUGCUGGGGUGGAACUGCGUGUGCGACCUGGACGCGUGCUCCACGCUGCUCCCGCUGUACUCGAAGAGCUACAUCCUGUUCGCCCUCCUCAUCUUCCUGCUCAUCCUCCUGGCCAUCGGCGUGCUCUAUGGCGCCAUCUACUGUCACGUGCAUAGCAACGCACACCUGGGCUCGCAGCGCAGUCACCAGCGCUCCCUGGGGCUGCUCAAGACGGUCGUGUCCAUCGUGGGCGUGUUCGUGGUGUGCUGGGGGCCUCUGUUUGUGUUGCUGUUGGUGGAUUUCUUCUGCGUCUCCCGCCAAUGUAUGCUUUUGUCAGGGGCCGACUGGUUCAUUUGCCUUGCUGUGCUAAACUCUGCGCUGAACCCUAUCAUCUAUACCCUGGGGAGCAACGAAUUGAGGAAAGCUAUCGCCGGGCUGCUGUUCUGCUGCUGCGUGAGGGCUGGCCUGUGUCGACCGACUACCUUCACCUCCAAGGAGACCAGCAGCACCUCGGAGAGCAGGAGGGACAGUCUGAGGAACAGUUUUAGUAAGGUCCGCAAUCUCAGUGUAGCAUCACCCCCGUCCACGCCCCGCAAGAAUCAAAAGGGCUCAGGCAGAAAGAACAGGCUGAGCUCAACCACCACCUGUCUUUCAGUUUCAAGUAACUAGGGGUGCGCCCAACCCCCAUUUGAAUUCAGGGUUCCUGUUACAACGUUUGAAGAGAUAGGCCUACUCACAUGUUGGUUUAUCUGGCUUUGAAGUUUGUUUCAAACAACCGUUUUUACAACGGAUAUCUGCAGGCCAACUUUUGUUUUGAGUUCGCUAACUUGUUUUUGUACAGAAUAGUAUAGCUUGUAGAGGAUUUCUAACAGUAACAUUGCAAUGUAAUUAUGUAAGUAUAGGCUACUGUGUAAUAAUGUAAUGCAGUGUUUUAAAUCCUUGAAGCAUUAAAAUAUGGAUUUUCAUGUAUAAUUGUAAAAUACAAAUAAACGCACAACAAAAAAAAGUACAAUAAAGUCGAAAUUAAACCUUCAUCAUUCUUUGACUCAGUGUUGCAAUAUUGCUAUUUAACAAAUUACGCAACUAAAGUCUUUGCAACACCGGCCAUUUGUAUAUCGUCUCCAGUAGGCUCUGGGCCAUAUUAUCUUUGGUAAUAAAUAUAAUUUAGUCAAUCUGAUUGACUAAUAUAUUGUCAAUAUGAGUUCAAUUGAUUACAAACUACUUGUCACCUGUAGAGGGAGACAUUUCACGGAGCUUCAAUCCAAACAUUAUUGACUCACUCAGCGAAAGUUGGAGGGCGGAAAUGAGACGUGCAAAGGUGCUUUA